AUGGAUACUUCUCUUCAUGUUUUUGAUGUCAGAAAGACUAAUAGUAUCCAAAGAUACAGGAAGGAGUCAAUUAGAAGGAAACAUAUUCUCCUUAAGAUAUGGUUUUUGUCAAGUUGUAGGAAGAAUCGAGUAGCACCUAAAUCUAUUUCUUUGUUUACGAAUAUCAACACUAAAACCUCAUUCAACACCAUUAAGAAAGCCAAGGACAUCUGGUUAAGGGAGGAAAUUAAAUCUUUAUAUUCAACUUUAAACACUUGUAACAUUAAUUUAAAGUUUCUUUAUUUUCGUUUAAAUGAAGUUCUUACACACUUUGAAUUUGUUGUCUUGGAUAGUGACAUUAGGGAUGAAGUUGAGGAUUUUGGUAAGUGCAAAUUUGAUAGUCUUAAAAGUAAACUUCACAACCUUAUUAAAUUCAAAAAUAGUAAUAAUUUUGCCCUGAACAUCUCAGGUCGUAACAAUAACGGUAUCCUUGAAGACCAAGACACUACUACUCUUACAGAUUUUAAAUUUCAUCCAAGAGUCUUAAAUCUCAGUUCUUAUAACUUUGAUCAUAAUAUUACUGAAAUUUUGAACUUAGGUCUGAACUUCAAUUUUCAUUCAAAUAAUUUUAACAAUGAUCUUAAACUCUUAGCUAUUGAUUCAGACAACAUCAUUGAAAACUUAAAUUAUAGUUUAAGCAAUACUCAAGCUCCUUACUUUUCCAACAACAAAGAUGUUAUAAGAGCUGACAUCUCAUCAACAUUAAAUAACAUCCAUCGUUCUCACAACUAUAAUCCAACCUCUUCUAUUCAUAAAAGACAAUAUAAAUACUUCAAAGAGUUAAAAAAGAUUUGUGAAAGUGAGAGUUUGACUAUAACUAAAGCUGACAAGGGUAAUUGUAUAGUAAUACUCAACAAACCAGAUUAUGUUUCUAAAGUUAACUCUUUUUUAGAAUCAGAUUCCUCUUUUCAAUUAAUUAACCAAGAUCCUACUGUUAAAUUUCACUCAUAUUUAAGGAAAUCCUUAAAACUGUAUAACUCAUGCCUUCAAUCCUUAGACAGCUCACCUUUACGCUUAACUACUAUGAAUCCUACCACCCCACUCCUUAGAGGUUUGCCAAAAAUACAUAAACCAAACAUUCCUAUCCGUCCUGUUGUUAACUUUUCAAACUCACCUUGUAGUAAAUUAGCUUCCUUUUUAAAUUCCAACUUGAAAAAACUGACUAAUUUUACUAACCCUUAUUCAGUACUUAGUUCAGUAGAUCUUGCUAAUAAAAUAAAGAACACUACAGUUCCAGAUAACGGUAUCUUACUUUCGCUGGACGUUACCAAUUUAUUUCCUAGUAUUCCACCUUUUGAAUGUAUAGAAUUAGUCAGAACUUUACUCUUCUCAAACAAUGUUCCAACACACAAUACUUUGGAUAUCUGUUCACUUUUAGGUGAUACCCCACCAGUAUUAUGUUCUACAUACGUUUAUUGCGGUACGAAACGUAAAAGAUCUACAAGUGGCGAUUGUAUGGUUAGGUCAACUCCAUCGUCUAAGAGAUCAAGUAGUAGUCUCAGUGAUAUUUCCAGUCUUGAUAUUAAUUUGCCCACAAAACUUGAAACUGAAUUGACGGAGAAGCUGAAAACCCUCGAAACUCCAGAGAUGACGUGCCUUAGCAGUGACAAUGGGGACCAUGUGCUCCAGAGGUCGGUUCUGAGGGCGUAG